GUGAGCGAGCCUGCGCCCACGUCAGCCCCGGUCAGCGAGCCAGAGCCCGCAUCACCCACGGUCAACCAGCCAGAGCCAUUAGCCCCCGAUGUCAGUGAGAAAGCGCCGGUAGCCUCGGCCGUCCCUGAGCCAGCGCCGGUAGCCUCGGCCAUCCCUGAGCCAGCGCCAGUAGCCUCGGCGUCCAAGAGCCAGCGCCAGUAGCCAUGACCAUCCCAGAGCCAGCGCCCCCCGAGUCUUCCAGGGCUCCUCCUCCCGAGCCUACCAGGGCUCUGCCUCUCAAGUCUCUCAAGCCUCCCAGGGCUCCGCCUCUCGAGUCUUCCAGGGCUCCUCCUCCCGAGCCUCCCAGGGCUCCUCCUCCCAAGCCUCCCAGGGCUCCGCCUCUCAAGUCACUCAAGUCUUCCAGAGCUCCGCCUCUCGAUCCUUCCAGGGCUCCGCCUCUCAAGCCUCUCGAGCCUUCCAAGGCUCCACCCCUCAAGUCACUCAAGUCUUCCAGGGCUCCGCCUCUCGAGCCUCCCAGGGCUCCGCCUCUCGAGCCUCCCAGGGCUCCGCCUCUCGAGCCUCCCAGGGCUCGGCCUCCCGAGCCUCCCAGGGCUCCACCCCUCAAGUCUCUCGAGCCUUCUAGGGCUCCGCCCCUCAAGUCUCUCGAGCCUCCCAGGGCUCCACCCCUCAAGUCAAUCGAGUCUUCCAGGGCUCUGCCUCUCAAGCCUCCCGAGCCUUCCACGGCUCCGCCUUCCACGGCUCUUCUCCCCAAGCCUCCUUCGGCUCUGCCUCCCGAGCCUCCUACGGCUCUGCUCCCAGAGACUCUAGGGCCUUCUAGGGCUCCGCCUCCCGAGCCUCCUACGGCUCUGCUCCCAGAGACUCCAGAGCCUUCUAGGGCUCCGCCCCCUGAGCCUCCCACGGUUCCGCCUCCUGAGGCCCCAGGGCUUUCCAUGGUUCCGCCUCCCUUGGCUCCGCCUCCUGAGCCUCCAGAACCUCCCCCAGCUCCGCCUCCUGAGCCUCCAAAGCCUCCCUCAGCUCCGCCUCCUGGGCCUCCAGAGCCUCCCUCAGCUCCGCCUCCUGAGCCUCCAGAGCUUCCCUCAGCCCCGCCUCCAGAGCCUCCCUCAGCCCCGCCUCCUGAGCCUCCCUCGGCUCUGCCUCCCGGGCCUCCCUCGGCUCCGCCUCAGAAGUCCUCCUUGGCUCCGCCAGCUCCCUCAGCGGCCACUCCUCCUCCCAGACCUCCUAAACCUGUCCCUGUCCUAUGGCCACCUCCCAGGUCUCCUGAACCUGUCACACACCCCCAUAGACUGCUUGCCUGCCCUCUCGGCCUCCUCGGUCUGCCUGUCUGCCCUCUCGGCCUCCCUGGUCUGCCUGUCUGCCCUUUGUGCCCCCGUGGACUGCCUAAUUGCCCCUUGUUUCCCCCUUGGUCUGUCUAUUUCUUCCCAAGGCUACCCCCUCUCUCCUGGGUUCUUUGUUCAUUUUUAUUGUUUUUGUCUCUGAUUUUAGGCCCCGUGUUUUCUGUUUCACCCUUCACUGAUCACAUUCCAUGUCAUGUUUUCCUUGUUGUCCGCCCCGAGUCUCACUGUCCUUGUAGAAAACUACAAUUCCCGGCCUCCCUCACUGCCUGCACUCAUCAUUGUUCUCACCUGUGUCUCAUUUAGUCUUUAUUGUGUCCUUGUGUAUUUAAACCCUGUUUGUUCCUCCAUUCCCUUGUCGGUCGUUGUUGAAUGUUGACGUUUCCUGUUCAUACCAAUGUUCUCUCAUUGUUCUCUCUCCGUUCCCCUUGUUCGUUCGAGGGUACCCCUGCCCUUCGUGGAUGUUCGCUGUCUGUCCCACCAGCUGUGUGUUAUUUUGUGUUUGAGUUUGAUUUUCUUCCCAUUGUGGACUUUUCAUUUGUUCCUGUGUUUUUAUUCAUUUAUCGCUGUAAAUAAAGCCGCACUUAGAUCCAACCUCCCGUCUGCCUUCCCCUGAUUUCCCCACACCCGUUACACAAUGAAGAUUUUGGAGAUAACUCAAUACAAUAAAGCAUAUUAAGGUGCUUUGACUUACAACUGCUAGUUCAGCCAGGAAGUUUACACAUCUGUUUAGAAUAACAAACAUUACAAUGACAUGAAUACAAGCCUUUGUACUGUGAGUUGAGAGCAUUUGACUACCGUGCGCACACAGUGAGGUUCUCACUUGAAACUGAAGCAGAAAUGUAAAUUUUUUGAGUUACAAAUACUAGGAAAUGUGAAAUACUUUGAAUCUACACGCAAAUACAUGUUAGACCAACAUUUCUGUCCAGCUUCAGCCUAUGAAAAUAUUGUAGGACAUUGCCAGCAUUGACUGUACAAUUCUGAAUAAAAUAUCAUUUUUUGUUGCUCAAAACAAACACCACAGACUCUUUACUUUGGACGAAUUACAUCAAUGACUGCGAUUCGUCUCGGAUUCCAAACACAGUCAAGUCCACUUAGUGCAAUGCCAAAUUUUAUGGGGCACCAGGCAGUGUCAUACCCACGAUCCUGACGGUUUUCUUUCAUUGGGUGACCUUGAUUGUCAAUCUUUAUUACUUUCCCAAAAUUAACCUUCACUUUCAGAACACUUCUCUGUUGAAUGGGAACAUCACGAUUGAUCUUUGUGCUGGCUUUGUCUAGAUGUCGGCUGAGAUAGACACCUUGUCUAAGUAUGCCACCAGAUUGACGAAAACCAAAUUCUUUAAUUUUUUCUGCAUCCUUCUUUGUUGUGCCAUAGAACAUUGUGUAGAUUUUAUACUCAACUGGAUCUUCUGUGCUUUGAAGACAGGGUGGAAUUUCAUCAAUAAGAGUAAUUCGUUUCGGAUCCCAAACACAGUCUUCUUCAAGACCACUUUUCACCAUGCCACAGUUUGGAGGGCACCAGGCAGUGUCAUAACCAUAAUCAUGCCAGGUUUUCUGCAAUGGAUGACCUUGAUAGUUGAUCUUUAUCACUUUCCCAACAUUGACCUUCACUCUCAGAACCACUCUCUGGUUCUCAGGUAGAUCUAGGGGGUAUUUGGAGGCCUUCUGUAGAUCUCUACUGAGGUAGACACCAG